UACCUUGCGUUUAAGUUACAGAAACGCAAACCCCAGACGCAUCUAUAAGUAAGUAUAACAUAAAUGGUUGUAUAUAACACACAUCUACUCUACCAUUGAUUGCCCUCUUCAUUCAUUGAUUUUUUGCAUAAGAUGUUCCCCAAACCACAUUGUUAUGAUCUGAUCCUGCAUAGGAAGAUUGGUAUGAAUAUGCAAACUAAGCACAAGAAGAAAAAAGCGAGGAAACAUGAUUCAAAAUUGAAAUGUAGAAGAUGGAAGGGAGAAUUGGAAGAGAUUAGGAAGGAGCAAAGUAGCAUCAGAGAAGGGCAAUCCCAAGUUGGAGAGAAACUGGAGGCAAUGGAAAUUGAAUGUGAAGCACUACAUGAAGAAUCAAAGUUGAUGAUAAAGCGAAGUGCCCUCACUCAAAUUCGUUUGGCUGUCAUGUUAAAUAUAUUGACCGCACGAAAAGGAGGAGAUUAUGCUAUAAGGCUGCGCAGUUCACUCAAUUGCUACGGUUGGCUUAAUUUGCUUCUGCAUAUCCUUCAAACAUUAUAUAUAUACAUAUUUUACGAACAAGGUUGACAGUAUAUGUUUUCAUCUUCCUUUUUUCAGUGAAAUAAUAGCUAAGGGGUAACAUUCAACAGCAGCAAAUACUGAGGAACAAUUGAUUACCCCUAAACUCUCCAAGAGAACUAUCACUGGAAUUGGAAUACUUAAAUCAUUUUUAUAAUUUAAAGAAACUUGAUAAAUUUAUUAUAUACGCAUGGAUUGUAUUAGUAAUAGUAUAUGAUAGAGAAUAUCUUUUAUAUA